GCUGUGGUGUGUGGAAAAUGCUAGUGGAGGCAGACAAUGCACUGGGCCGAGGCCUGACCAGCCCUCAGAGAGACUGGGGUCGCCUCACUGCGACAACAGCCCCCGUCUCCCUCCCUUCCUUUUCUUUUUUUGAGCUGCCGCAGCAUGGGCUCUGGGAGGACGCUGAAGUUUGCCGUGUGCGAGGUGCUGCAGUUUGCAGGCCUGUGCGUGCCACUCUUCAUCGUCAUGCAGAGGUUCGCCGUCAUCGUAGCAAAGGUCAAAACCUCGACGCAGCCGCCCGGUGACGGCAGUACGGCCUACUGGUUGAUCGUGGCCUCCUCCAUUGCCUAUGUCACCUCCACCGCCCUGCUGGUCUGGGUACCCCUGAAAUACAUGGUUUUCGUGAAGAAGAAGUUUCUCACUGGGAGGAAGAAGUGGAGGCCUGUGGCCCUCGUAUAUGUGAUCCUGUCCACAUUACCCUGCUUUGCCUUUCUCAUCGCCAGCUCUGAGGUUCAGAUAAAUAACAACAUGAAACAUGAUACAUUCACGGAGCUCCCUGUGUCACUAGUGCUCUUCUCUCUCAUCUGUAUUGACAUUGUGGAGAGGAUGCGCCACUGCAGACUGACCGGCCAUGCUAAUGACAUGGAGAGAGAUGCUGACAUCCCCUCCACUGUUCUCACACAUGUGGAACAAGUAACACCAGUGACACCUGUCUCUCCAGCUGUGCCGGGGCCAGCUGUGCCGGGGCCAGCUAUGCCCGGGGUCAGCUGUGCCCGGGCUGUGCCUAAUCCUAUGCCACCAGGGCCAAACCAACUCAAUGACAGGAACCAGAAUGGAGCAGGGGUUCGACCAGAGACCAACGGUACAGUGCCAGGGAUACCAGGAAAUCCUGGGAGACCGUUUAGUAUCUCUGGAUUGAGCUCACGAUCAGCGAGCACCACAGCGUACCGCAUACCUCCGUACGCCUACACGGGUCCACUGAGAUUCCUUUGUGCCAGCGACGCCCGAGCGGACGUGUUUGUGGACAGCUUUAUGUUCUGGAUGGAUACAGUGGAGAUGGUGAGGGUGGCAGGACAUCCCCUGGUCUACUACUCAGGCUGGGUUUUCCCCAUAUAUAUCUUCAGUUACCUGUCUUGCCUGCGUGUGGUGGUUAUGCCCCACAGCCCCCUGCUUUCCUCACUAGGAGUGGCUGUGCAGGACUUACCCUUCUUCUUUGUGCGUGUUGGCCUCAUUGCCUUCUUCGGCUUUGUCACACCCAUCCUCUAUCUGAUGAAGAACCUGUUGGUCUGUCUGGCCUUUGUCUAUUUCAACUUUAUGACCAAGCUGAGGGUCUUUAACACUGAGAGGAUGUUCUUUUGAGACCGGCACCUCAAGCAAAAAUAAGUGCAACAUUAAAACAUAAAAUAGGAGCAAUAGAUUGGCACAAUCAGAAGCAGUAGGAUGCUAGGAUUCAGAGGCGGUUGCAUCUGCUCUUCUUAAAUUCAAACUUGGCCUAGUACUAAGUGGAGAUUCAUUAAAUUUAGAGAUUUUUUACUAUAUUUUUACACCCAGUAACAUCCAAGGGUGUAACUGUUAGAAAGCUGAACUAGCUAACUGACAUACUGUAUAUAACGUUAAUUUGGAUGAUGAUUUUUUUUUUUUACAGUAAGAUUAAGUUAAUGUGGUCAGCAUGUUUGAAGUGACACGUGAUAGAAGGCUGAUUUUAAUUACAAAUAAAUAACACAAUAUACCUCAAAUUACAAAAUGUUGUCCUAACAGCUGACUAAAUAACCAAAUAGUGUCAGUUAGGUUAGCAUAAUCAGAUGUUUCCGACUUGUUCUAAAACACUGCAUGAACACUAUACAGGAUGUCUCCAUGCAUGCAUCUUUAAAUAAAACAAAGUCAGCCCCCCUAAAACUGUUAUUUCUGGCAGUUCAUGUUACAGCUUGUGCUGAAACAGUGACUUGUUUUCUGUAGGGCAGUGCAACAGAUGUUUCUUAGUCACCAAUACAUUACUAAAGUCAUUUCUAGCUAAGACAUUUCUUAAGUUAGUGGUGCAACCUGAUUUGAUAAAUCACUAGUUUGAAACUAGUUAGUAGUUACUGUGAAGAACUUUAUGCACAAACUUGAUUUAGGGUACUAGUUACGACAUAAAUGUUUACUAGAGAUUUAUGCAUUUUCUUAAAAUGCUAAUUAAAAUUCUUAUGUGUGAUUAGUUGUUAAUAAAUAUUCACACCCAGUAACUGCCAGGUGUAACAGUUGCAUCUAACUGAACCAACUGACAAAGGUUGCGUCAUUGUUGGCUAGCUAAUAUAUGACCUGUAUAGAGUGAGUAAAUAAGGUCAUAAGAAAUAAUAUUAAUAAUAAAUACUAAGAAUAAUGAAAUUGAGAUGUUUUGAACAAUUUAUACAUUUAUUUUAAUGGUCCAACCUGGUUUAGUAAGUCUAGCUAAGAAUGUAGGAAGAACUUUAGGCACAAUCUUAGUAAUGGAUUUAAGAAAAGCUGGUGCAACCAAACCAAAGUAUGAAUGCAUCACAGAAGAAAUAUUGUGUUAAAAUGCAUGAAGGUACUUUUCACAGGCCAAAAGGGAGCUCUUAGACAAUGUUUUCCCACAAAGGACAUUAUGUGUUAAAUGACUGUUGUGUUAUGUAUUAUUACCUUUAUGUUCAAACAUACUUUUUUACCCCUCCUACCCCCUAACCUUUACUAAGCAUGGCACUUUGGGAAUGUACCUGUAAUGUCACUUGAGAUUUUAUUUUCUACCAUCAUAAAGUGCAGUGAAUGUGUAAAAGCAUAAAUACAUGUUGUUUAUAUUAGGUUUUUCAUUGCUAAAGUGUAUUCACGAAAGAAAAACAAAGUGUGAGUUUGUAACAUUGAGACAUAUAUUUUGGUAAGAUUAAUAAAGAAAAUCAUUCAAAUAUA